AUGCUGCCGCCGCCCACUUCUCUUCUUCCGGACCGAAGGCGAUCGACGAUGCCGGCGCCCCUGCACCUCGUUUUCGUGCCCUUCCUCGCGCGCAGUCACUUCGCUCCGCUGGCGGCCGCCGCGGCGGCCGCUUGCGGCGAUGGCGCCACCGGCGCCACCAUCCUCACCACGCCGCACUUCGCGGCCCUCGCGCCUCCCUCCGUGCCGGUCCGCGCCGCGCCGUUCAGCUUCCCCGGAGGGCACGAGGACUUCUCCCUGCUCCCGGACGAAGCCUCCGCGCCGGCGUUCUUCUUCGCCGCGGAGGCCACCCUGGCGCCAGCGCUCGCGGAGGCCGUACGCGCCCACGCAGGCGCCGUGGCCGUCGUGUCGGACGCCGUGCUCCACUGGGCGCCCCGCGUCGCCCGCGAGUGCGGCGUCCCGCACGUCACGUUCCACACCAUCGGCGCCUUCGCGGCGGCCUCCAUGGUCGCCGUCCAUCUCCACCGCCCCGACGUCAUAGAGGACCCCGUCGCUCUCCCUGGCGGCUUCCCGGUCCCCGUGAAGCUCCGCAGGGCCCAUGUCAACGAGGAGGCUCUGGCGCACCUCCCCAUCUUCCGCGCGGCCGAGGCUGGGAGCAACGCCGUCGCCUUCAACAGCUUCUCAGCGCUGGAGGCUGAUUUUGCUGAAUACUACCGGAGCGCGGAUGGCUCUCCCAAGAAGGUGUUCCUCGUCGGCCCCAGGCGCGCCGCCCGCAGUGACGUCACCGUCACCGGCGCCGCAGAGCGCGACUCCAUCCUGCAGUGGCUCGACGGCCAGGCAGCCGGGUCGGUGGUGUACGCCUGCUUCGGCAGCACGUGCGGUCUGAGCGCGGACCAGCUCAAGGAGCUGGGCGCCGGGCUGCGCGCAUCCGGCAAGCCGUUCCUCUGGGUGAUCCCGGCGGCGACGGAGGGCACGAAGCAGCACGACGAGCGCGCGUCCGGCCACGGCAUGGUGGUGGCCGGGCGAUGGGCGCCGCAGGCGGAGAUCCUGGCGCACCGAGCGGUAGGCGGCUUCGUGAGCCACUGCGGCUGGAACUCGGUGCUGGACGCCGUGUGCGCCGGCGUGCCCCUCGCGACGUGGCCGCUCCGCGCCGAGCAGUUCCUGAACGAGGCGCUCCUGGUGGACGUGCUCCGCGUGGGCGUGCGGGUGCGGGAGGUGGGCAGCAAGGCGGACGUGGAGGCGGUGGUGCCGGCCGACAAGGUGGCCAGCGCGGUGGGGAAGCUGAUGGACGGCGGUGCGGAUGAAGCCGCGGCUAGGAGGGUGAGGGUGAGGGAGCUCGGCGUCGCGGGUCGCGCUGCGGUGGCGGAAGGAGGGUCAUCGUGCAGUGACUGGGCACGGCUUGUAGAUGAGCUCAAGGCGUUACACGGCCACGGCAACGAUGCACUAACUGACAAGUGA